AUGCCCCAUUGGCAAUUCACUGAUGAAAAACCUAAAUCCACUGGUAAAAUCGAAAUCCUAAAUUCCAAAAGUGAUAUCAAACAAAUUUCUGGGAGACGUCAGUCCGAAUCGAUAUUUUUCCUGCCACCUCGUGGCUCCGGUCCUGGUGGCCCGCGGAAAAGCAAAGCCUUCAAGCACUCCGCGGUUCGCCCUCCGCUGGCUGAAACCGAGCGGGCGAAUUCCAUACAUGCCAUUCUGGACCCAAAGUCAUCUUUCGUUGCUGCAGUCUCUGCUUCCUGCUGUAACUCUCCUCCAAGUCUGUUGGCUGGAGAAAAAUUAGAGGCUCGUUGGCGCGUGGCGUUACUCAGCAUGGUGAGGAAAAACCAUAAUGUUCGCCGGGAUGCAGCGUCUGACCAGGACAAAAUAGGGCCGAUUCAAAUCCCCAACUCUGCUCACAUUUGCAAAUCCCCUAAUAAUGUGCUUAUUCGGAGCCUUAAUUUCAAUGCGAGCGGCCACGCACCCUAUCGUUCACAAUGGUGUGCACGAGCUUUCAGUGCAGCGGUCGCAGUAGGGAUAUGGGUUUCUGCGGAAUCGGUCGGUGGGCUGCCUCUGGAGACAAGUGAAGGCGGCCCUUUAUUCAGCAGCCCAAUAAACCUGACCGACGAGCUUCGACUUCCCCCUGUAGACGCGCCAGACUCUGCUUUCCUUUACGAGUCCGGUGCUGGUGCACAACCUUCUUUUGCAUUUGAAAGUAUUACGGGGAAUAGUGACUACCAGAGCGGCACUGACUUUGCAGCAGCUUCUCAGCCUUUGGUCGCUUUUGAAAGCUCCCAGGCUACUCCUCCAGGGGACUCUUCAGAGGUCAACCCUGUGGAAACUCCUGAUCCGAAUGCAGUAGUUCCGUACUUACUACCCGUGAAGCCCUUUCCCCCCCGUUUCUCUGGCUUGAGCAGCGCAUCAGGCAUUGCAUCCGAGUCUGAGGACUUUGACGAAUUAUUUCCACCUCCUGCUGAGGAGAACCCUUUGCGGUACGCCUUUUUUGGGCCCCAAAGCGAUAAUGUGCAAAUUGAGAAUUGCCAGCACUUUGACGCUUUUUUGGUAUCUCCCCUCCCAUCUUCUUUGGCCUCUCGAUUCAAGGAUUUUGUGCAAAAAGAAGCAGGACAAGAAGAUGGCACGCCAUUCCUCCAUCAUAUCCACGGCCAGGCCGCGCUGGACCCAGCCAACAGAGAGGAAAACCCGAGACUCAUUGUUGAGGGAGGCAAGGUCACUCCUCUGUGGUCGGAAAAUGCGGAUGAUAACCCCGUAUUCCGGAUGGACGAAGGGACCGCGACUUUGAUUCGGCUGGUAGCUCCCAUCAGGAGUGCUUACGACGAGAUGGCUUCCAUGCUUCUGAUGCCCAUUAUCAACGUAAAUAUGGCCUACGGUGACGGGCUGCUUCUCUCCUACAAAGUGAGCGGGAGCGAAGGAAAGCUAGUAGACCACCAGCACCAAGACGGGAUACACCGCCCGGUAGCUGAGCUUGACGUGGUUUACAAAAGUUGCUUUUCCGUUGGAGGUGACAGCAGCGAGCCUAUUACCGUUAGAGCGGAGUUACGACUAGAUGGAUGCGAACCUGUUGUUCUGACGUGGAAAGUCAUCUGUUCAAGCAGCGCGCUUUUACAGGGUAACUGCUCAAACGGUGCACACUUUUUGUGUAUUGUGCCACUUGCCACAGAGGUACCUCAGGGAUUCCACGUGGCCAUCGGCCCCCUGACGCCAACCGCCAAUGCUGGAGGUUCUCCUGCACUGCGCGAUUCAGCCGACGUUCCGUUCGACCCACGCCUCGUGGCUUCCCCCACCGUGGCAGACAUCCGUGCCAUCACGUCUAAGGAAGGAGAUAUAGUCGCAAAUGGCGAAGUCGCACAGGAGGUUUCCAGCGUGCAGUCCACAAGUGUCGCAUUCGAUCCUUCUCAAGACUUUGUCGAACUUUACGUAUGGUGUCGGGGAUGCAAGGAGGGUAAACUGGACAUGAACAUUCCAACAAUAGCGGCUGAUUUGCAAGUGAUGUUCCCUCUGCUAUACAAUUACCUUGGCACCAGUAAAGCUAAUGACAAGUCGACCGAGCGUGGUGCAAACAGUCUCGUGGCUACGCGGCAGUCUUCACAUAUAGCUCUUAGAGAGGCCCUUCCGGGAUCUGAAGAAAACGUGCGGCGGUUCGUUCUGCAGUUCCAAUGCAAGUCCGAGGGGGAAUCAAUUGUCACACUUGACUUUCCGUUUCACGCCUAUAGAGAUAUACAAGUCUUCUUCAAAAAACAGUGCGCUGCGCCAGCUGCUGCCAGUCUACGCGACCCCUCGUGCAGUUCUGGAACCCUUAGCGAAGACGGCUCAGCCUGCUGUUUGGCCUCCUGCGGUAAAUGCGGGGGCGACGGUUGCGAGGACAGGGAAGGCGGGCUGGUGGGCUGUUGCCUGACCCACAUCCACUCUUCUGCACUACCAUGUUCGGCCUCAACUGCCCCUUGCGUAAUGACUACGCAGAAAAACAAGAUGAAUCGGGAGAUUCGCAUGGCUUUGGUGCUGCCAAAGGAAGAAAUGUCGCAGCACUUCAACAUAAUUUUUGCACCUCUUUGGCUUUUUUCCAUGAGCAUCUAUUUGCUCAAGUUUUUGCUGUGGAGCCUGGUAACAGCUGCUGUAUUGGUGUACAUGUUUGCCAUCUAUUACGGAGUACACGUCCUCAAAGAACCGUUUUCAGUGGCCAUAGCACCUUCAUCAUCACAAUUCCUCAACGCGCUUUUCUUACUCGGGGGCCAUGUCGGACAUCUCUACAAAACUCGUGGCGGUAUGCUUUUCGGCGAUGACGGUUUCCACUCAUACACUCCGUUUGAAGAAAGAGCUCCUGGAAAUGCCCGAAAGCUCAGUAGCGCCAACGAUCCUUUCUACUCGAUAACUCGAUGGCGUUCUAAUGAAGAUGGACCCUCUUUCAUCCGGCUCACCUCCUUCAAUGGAAAUUUAUCAAAAGACGAAAGCGGCCAUAUGUCGGAGGGCCUUCAGCCAAUGGAAUUUUGUGAUGUUGAAGCAGGAAAACCGGAGUUCAAAAGACGGGAUGCCGCCGAAGACAAGGUUUUGUGGGAUGGAAUCCAAGAAGGGCUUCAUUCGGACUACUGGGAUGAAUAUGCAACAGGAAUGCUUGUUGGCACAGAAGAAUACAAAGGCGGGUCAAACAACCGAGGUCAGGGAGAAUACGAGGAGUUUUGCGAGCCGAAAGGCCAGAAGUUGUGA